AUGUUGACACAGUUGAUGUCUCUAGCUGCAAGUGUUGUAUCUGGAACAGCGUCAUCCGAUGAACGUGCAGACAUUGACGAGAGUGCAUUAUCUUUCGCCGUUCAUACGCACCUUUCAGCGCUGCUUAGAUUUCGCGAUCCUAUCACCUUGAACUCCAUGGCAACUCACAGCAUGUCGGGCUUUGAAAACGCUGCAAAUGCUACUCAGCAUACCACUGAUGUCUUCGAGGAAGGAGAGAUCGCUGUGGAUCGUCCACUCAUAGCAGGCACUGUAUCGGACCCCUCAUACACUGAAUCUCAAGCUCAGGGCCCGCAGCCCGCACCUGCCCGCACGCGAGAACAGAGACAGAACAAAAAGAAAGAGCGGCGCAUCCGCCUUGCGGCGUCCCAACCAUACAUUAAUCCCCACAAAAACGUGCUUUCAGUGCACGCGAACGAUGUGCUCUCAUAA